AGUGCAUGCCGGGCCGUAGCUUCCUUCUCGCCAGUCCUCCGAGGCUGCGCCGGGCUGACAUCCGUCUCUCCUGCCUUUUUUUUCUUUUCCCUUCUUCACCCCUCCUCCUCCUCCUCCAAGAUGGUGGCGCUGCGUUCUGGGUGAUCCGAGAGGAAAAGGCGGAGGCGCAGCGCGGCCCUACUCAGCCGCCACCAUCUCGACAGCCACGCGCACGCCUAGAGCGCCGACGGCCUUCCCAUUCCCAGGCCUCGCCUGGCUCGGCCUAGCGCCGUCCCCGCCUUAGCCUUCGGCGGCUGCCCCGCGCGCUUCUCGUCCUUUGCAUUGGCCGCACGGCCUAGCCUAGGCGUCGGCUGAAGGAGCACCAUCCGCCUGCCCAGCGUCCGGGGCUGGCCGGCCUCGCGAGAGCCUGCCGGCCAGAGCGGAAAACGACAGGUCUGCAUCCAUCAAAGGUUAUUUGGCAACUGUGCAAGAACAAUCUGCUGAAGUGCUAGAAGAACAUGCAAUGGAAGUCUUCAUUUGGAGAGCAAAAAGCCAAUGGGAGGCCUCAGGGUACUGUGGGUACGAGUAUUGCUGAAUAAUCACUGGCUUAUAGUGACAUGACAGAAUAGAAGAUCAGCCUUACAUUUGAUAUCAGUGAAGCUAAACUGCAGGAAACAAUUGACAGCACUAUUAAGCAUAUGCUUGGCCCAGCACAAGAGGACUGGCGAGAACGUAUUUUUAAUCAACGACACAAUAUUGUGAUCACCCCAAUGUCACCGAAUGGCCACAGCUUGUAAAAGGGAGUUACAGUGGAGGUAAAAGGAGUGGCUUGCAGAAUGGAGAAGUUGCUCCGAGGGUUUUUGGAACUGGACCGAAAUUGUUAUUUAGGAGACACUAACCAGAUCAAUGAGAAUGAAAGAUCACCAGGAGAACCUCACUCUGAAAACAUUGAAACUAGCCGAAUGAAGCGAGCAGCUGCAAAGCAUCUAAUAGAACGCUAUUACCAUCAGUUAACUGAGGGUUGUGGAAAUGAAGCCUGCACGAAUGAAUUUUGUGCUUCCUGUCCAACUUUUCUGCGUAUGGAUAACAAUGCAGCAGCCAUUAAAGCCCUCGACCUUUAUAAGAUUAAUGCAAAACUCUGUGAUCCUCAUCCCUCCAAGAAAGGAACAAGCUCGGCUUAUCUAGAAAAUAAUUCCAAAGGUGCCCACAACAACGCCUGCACUGACAGAAAAAUGAACAAGAAGGAAAUGCAAGGUCCAAGAGAUGACUUUAAAGAUGUGACUUUUUUAACAGAAGAAAAAGUAUAUGAAAUUCUUGAACUAUGUAGAGAAAAAGAAGACUAUUCUCCUUUAAUCCGUGUCAUUGGGAGAGUAUUUUCUAGUGCCGAGGCCUUGGUACAGAGUUUUCGAAAAGCCAAACAGCAUACCAAGGAGGAAUUGAAGUCUUUACAAGGAAAAGAUGAAGAUAAAGAUGAAGAUGAAAAAGAAAAGGCUGCAUGUUCUUCUGCCAUGGAAGAAGAUUUAGUUGCACCAUCAUCAUCGUCAUCAUCAUCAUCAAGAAUGGGUGACAGUGCACAGGGGGAUAACAACCUACAAAAAUUAGGCCCAGAUGAAGUAUCUGUAGAUAUUGAUGCAGUCAGACGGGUCUACAAUAGAUUACUUUCUAAUGAAAAAAUAGAAACUGCCUUUUUAAAUGCACUUGUGUACUUGUCACCCAAUGUUGAAUGUGACUUGACUUAUCAUAAUGUGUACUCUCGAGACCCUAACUAUCUCAACUUGUUUAUUAUUGUUAUGGAAAAUGGUAAUCUUCAUAGUCCUGAGUAUCUGGAAAUGGCACUACCAUUGUUUUGCAAAGCAAUGAGUAAGUUACCCCUUGCAGCUCAAGCAAAAUUGGUCAGACUGUGGUCAAAGUACAGUGCAGACCAGAUUCGACGAAUGAUGGAAACUUUUCAGCAGCUUAUAACCUACAAAGUCAUAAGUAAUGAAUUCAAUAGUCGUAACUUAGUGAAUGAUGAUGAUGCUAUUGUUGCUGCUUCAAAGUGCUUAAAAAUGGUUUACUAUGCAAAUGUAGUAGGAGGAGAUGUAGACACAGAUCACAAUGAAGAGGAGGAUGAAGAGCCUAUCCCAGAAUCUAGUGAAUUAACUCUACAAGAACUGCUGGGUGAGGAAAGAAGAAAUAAAAAAGGACCUCGGGUAGAUCCUCUGGAAACAGAACUUGGCGUAAAAACUAUAGAUUGCCGAAAACCACUUAUCCCCUUUGAAGAGUUUAUCAAUGAACCACUGAAUGAUGUUCUAGAAAUGGACAAAGAUUAUACAUUUUUCAAGGUAGAAACAGAAAAUAAAUUCUCCUUUAUGACAUGCCCCUUUAUAUUGAAUGCCGUUACCAAGAACCUGGGAUUGUAUUACGACAACAGAAUCCGUAUGUACAGUGAACGUCGUAUAACUGUACUCUACAGUUUAGUUCAAGGCCAGCAGUUAAACCCAUAUUUGCGACUCAAAGUGAGACGUGAUCACAUCAUAGAUGAUGCACUUGUUCGGUUAGAAAUGAUUGCAAUGGAAAAUCCAGCAGAUUUGAAAAAGCAAUUGUAUGUAGAAUUUGAAGGAGAACAAGGAGUUGAUGAAGGAGGAGUUUCCAAAGAAUUUUUUCAGCUAGUUGUAGAAGAAAUCUUCAACCCCGAUAUUGGAAUGUUCACUUACGAUGAGUCCACAAAAUUGUUUUGGUUUAACCCAUCCUCUUUUGAAACUGAGGGACAGUUUACACUGAUUGGGAUUGUAUUGGGCCUGGCUAUUUACAAUAAUUGUAUUCUGGAUGUCCAUUUCCCAAUGGUUGUCUACAGGAAAUUAAUGGGCAAAAAAGGAACUUUCCGUGAUCUAGCAGACUCUCAUCCUGUUCUCUAUCAGAGCUUAAGAGACUUGUUGCAGUAUGAGGGAAGUGUGGAAGAUGAUAUGAUGAUAACCUUCCAGAUAUCUCAUACAGAUCUCUUUGGUAAUCCAAUGAUGCAUGAUUUAAAGGAAAAUGGAGAUAAAAUCCCUAUUACAAAUGAAAACAGAAAGGAAUUUGUUAAUCUGUAUUCUGACUACAUUCUGAACAAAUCAGUGGAAAAGCAAUUUAAGGCCUUUCGAAGAGGAUUCCACAUGGUAACCAAUGAAUCUCCCCUAAAAUAUUUAUUUAGACCUGAGGAGAUUGAAUUGCUUAUUUGCGGAAGUAGGAAUCUAGACUUUCAAGCCCUAGAAGAAACCACAGAAUAUGAUGGUGGCUAUACCAGAGAUUCUCUUAUUAUUAGGGAAUUUUGGGAAAUAGUCCAUUCAUUUACAGAUGAGCAAAAAAGACUCUUCCUCCAGUUUACAACAGGUACAGACAGAGCACCAGUAGGAGGACUUGGAAAACUAAAGAUGAUUAUAGCCAAAAAUGGCCCUGACACUGAAAGGUUACCUACAUCUCAUACCUGCUUUAAUGUCCUCUUGCUUCCGGAGUACUCCAGCAAAGAGAAACUUAAGGAGAGAUUGUUGAAGGCCAUCACCUAUGCCAAAGGGUUUGGCAUGCUGUAAUGAAUUAAAUAAUAAAAGGGAUAAAGCAAUUGGUGGCAAUGGUGUCCCUGUCCAAAAAUCAAGAAGAGAAAACCCACAAAAGGCCAUAAGUUAUAGCAAGCAAGCUACCGUAGUCACCUGUGCUUGGGCCUCCCUUCUUCACUUGGGGACUCUGGGCUGGAACAGCAGAUUUCAGCUGCUUCUAUGAACAAAUUAUUUUCUUUUAGCGUGAAAGUGUUACAUAUUCUUUCACUUGUAUGUACAGAGAGGUUUUCCUGAAUAUUUAUUUUAAAGGGUUAAAUCACUUUUGCUUGUGUUUAUUACUGCUUGAAGUUGAGCCUUUUUGAGUAUUUACAAGAAAACAAAACUGUACUCUCCCAAGGAAAAUAUUGCCAUCAUUUGUAGAUUGUGUAACCUUUAAGUAUGUGCUACAUUUUUGUCCCAGUUAUCAAAUCAAAAUCAGGAACUGUACUUUUUGAACAGUUUUGCUUUUGAAACUUGAAGUCUUGGAAAACAAAAUGGUGUGAUGCAAUGACUGCUGUUCUAGCCCCCAAAGACAUUUGUGGAAAAACAUUAGAAUCAAUAAAGAUGGAAGGGAGAACUUGGAAUGUUAAAUUACAGCCUUGAGACCUUUACUUUUAGCCACAGCACAACAAUUAAACAAAAACAAAAAUUCAUUUCAUUAUAUAUGUUGUCUUUCACAUGUCUUGUCUUGUAGCAUACCGUGUUUUUAAUUAGCAAGAUUCCUAGCUAUAUAGCAGCGUAAACAUAGUUUGGGCUUUUUCUUUUUAAGGAAAAUGUUUACUGGGAAAAGUGCAUUUCAGCCAAACAACUUUAGAGUAGAGGAAAAUGUGUUGUGGGAGAAAUCAGAAUGUUGGGUCUAUAAACAAAAGCAUGUGAAGUGCACUUAAAAAAGAAACUAUGAUUUCUCUUAUGUUGAUACUUUAAAUAGACAAUCCGGUCUUCCCUGCAAGCUUUUUUUUAAUGAACUGCUGUUCCUUUAUCAAGGCAUAUGAUCAGUGCUGCAGCAAGGGGAUGCCUUUUUUCCUCCUCAUCUAGCAAUAGGGGAAAAUAAUUUUUUUAAGGACAACUUUGCAUUGUAAUACUCCACGUUAUUCAUUGUAUGUGUAGAAAGUAAAUCCUAAAGUCACUUCUGUCUUUUACAUGGCAUAUCAUAGGUUCGGAAUGUAAACCUUUAUAUCAGAGGAGGAUACCUCACCUUUCUACAGAGGGUCCCUACACGCUGCUCAUUGCUGCUAUUACAGUAUGAAUAAAGGGACCAGACGUGCUUAACCAAGACAACACAGUUGGUGUUCCUCUCACUGCAAGUGUCAGCUGAUGUGCAGAACUGGGAUUGUGCCUUGGUGAUAGCCAUACCUGCACAGCAAAGUGGUUGGUGUAAAAUUGGUAUUAGUGAAAAAGACUAAAAUCUGAAAUCAUUGGAAGGGGAAAGUGUCUUUCAGGAUUAUUUUAAAAAAUAGUAAUAGAAACAGGCAACUGUUCUGUACCUAUAAUGUCAAAUAAAAUAGUGAUGUUUUCCACUGUGGUCCAGUGA